AUGGUCUCAGCAGGUCGUGUGUGCUGUAUCACAGCUCCAUUCCUCCUCUCUAUUGGCGUCCUGGUGUGCCUGGUACUGGUAUUCCUCGCUGGUACGCAUGAGCGAAACGACACGCUUGACGACCUAUACUUUCUCAAGAUCGACCUGCGGAACAUAACCCUCACAUCCUCGGCCAACCUCUUGGGCGAUGACACCUCCACGAACACGACCGUCCUAGGAGGCGCCCUUCAAGCUGCCAAACAGUCCCUGGGCCUAAAAGACUAUUACACCAUCUACCUGCGGAAUUACUGUAGUUGGAACGGCGACGAUACCUACGCCAACUGCACCGACCCAAAAGCAUACUUCUGGUUCAACCCGAUCAAAGUCUGGGGGUUGAACGACACGGGCAUCGACGUCGACGAUUACCUCCCCAAGUCCUUCCGCCAUGGGUUGGACGUGUACCACGACGCCAGCAAGGCCAUCUUCUACCUGUACGUCUUUGCGCUCUCCGCCGCAUGCGUCACGUUGUUGGUCGGCCUCUCUGCCAUCUUUUCCCGGUGGGGUUCGUUCUUCACGACCUUUUGCGCCGCCGCCAUGGCCAUCAUGAUUCUCGGCGCCAGCAUCACAACCACGGUGGUGUACUAUGUCGUCAAGGGGGCCCUCAACGAGACGCUAAAGAAGGAUUACGGGAUCAAAUCGACCGUCGGCACGAAGGUGAUGAGCGUGACGUACAUCGGGACGGCGUUGGCACUGGGCGCGGGAUUCUUCUGGCUCCUCAGCGUCUGCUGUUGCAGUGGACGGAGUCCGUACAACCCUGGCAGCCGCGAGGCAAGACGCACCAGGGCCGAAAAGACACCCUACACGUACGAGCGUGUCGGUAGUCCGUACUUGGGUCCCAGCGAUCAGCAGAGUGUGCCGUUGAACACGUUCUCAUCGGCACCACCCAGCUUUGCACCACAGCCUCAGCAUGGUACAGCGUAUGAGCCGUUCAGGCCACAGCAUGUGUGA